GCAGCGAGGCCAGCCAGCCUCAGCAUUCAGCUCAGUCAGUCAGUGUGUCGCGCGGGUUGCAGCAGGUCGCUCCGUCUCUACUACCAACUCUCUCUCUGACACAGCAUGGGCACUGGCGGCAAGUGUCGCGUCAGCUGCGGCGCCACCGCGUCGACAUAGGCGAUGGCUCGGUGGCUGGCCGCGGAAAUGCCUCAGCAUGCGGCCGAAUACUUCAAGGAGACGACGGGGCCGCCGCGGUGCUGCUCGGCCAUGGAUUACCUGCCGCGCGCCCACGACUUCGAGACCGACUCGAAUUCGUCCUCCUCGUGGGACUUGGCCGAGGUCGAGGUUGACAUGCGACGGCACAUCCAGCAGUGCUCCUGCACGUGCAACCACAUGGGCUUCGGCAAUUAUAUGGACUAUCCUCCGCCGGUAGGGUGCCUGCCAGACGUGGCCCCCCUGGAGGAGCACCACCCGCACCAUCACAAUUGCCCUGCUAAUGAGCUGCUGCCUCCUUUGCCGCCCCCGUCACGCUGCAAUGGCCGGGCGGUGCCGGUCCGCGAAAUGCUGCUUCCUUCGAGUGCUCAAGCCAGUUUCGGCACAAUUGCCAGUUUGGGCCCUCUCAACGUUAGGGAAUCUUUUAGUUCAACGAGUAGCAAAUCAGAUUCAAAAACUUGGUGCGGAUUUCGGCAUUGGUGCUUAUUGUUGACGGCGGUGCUGAUCGCUUGCGCCCUCGGAGCGGGGUUGGGGGUGCCGUUGGUGAUGCGUUCGGUGAAGGGCGCGUCCGGGGGCGAGCAGCGCAUGGACAUGGUGCGGCGCAUCCUGAAGGAGACGCCGCUGAUCGACGGCCACAACGACUUUCCGUGGAACAUGCGCAUGUUUCUGCACAACAAUCUCAACGAGUUCAACUUCUCGAGCGACCUGCGCGGCGUCACGCCGUGGUCAAAGAGCAACUGGUCGCACACCGACCUUCCACGCAUGCGAAGUGGCCUUAUGGGAGCUCAGUUUUGGUCUGCGUACGUCCCUUGCGGUGCCCAACAUUUGGACGCAGUGCAGCUCGCCUUGGAGCAGAUCGACGUGAUCAAAAGGCUCGCCGAUCUGUAUCCCUCCUUCCUCCAGCUGGUCACCACUGCCAAAGAAAUCGAGCAAGCUCAUCGCGCCGGGAGAAUCGCUAGCCUGAUCGGGGUCGAGGGAGGUCACGCGCUGGGCAACAGCCUGGCAGUGCUGCGCAUGUUUUACGAUCUAGGCGCGCGCUACCUGACCCUGACGCACGCUUGCAACACCCCUUGGGCAGGGUGUUCGCAGAGCGGCGCCGGCGACGACGGCUCGGGCACCGGCGCCGCUGGCGAGGAGCUCGGCCUCACCGAGUUCGGCAAGGCGGUCGUCAGGGAGCUCAACCGGCUGGGCAUGAUCGUCGACCUGAGCCACGCGUCGGCCAGGACGAUGCGCGACGCCCUCGAAACGACCACGGCGCCGCUCAUCUUCUCACACUCCUCGGCCAGGGCGCUGUGCAACUCCACCAGGAAUGUGCCUGACGACGUGCUCAAACUUGUGGCCUCGAACGGUGGGCUCGUCAUGGUUAAUUUCUACCCUAUCUUUGUCACAUGCAAUGAAACUGCCUCCAUCACGAACGUCGCUGAACACAUCAACCACAUCAGAGCGGUGGCCGGAGUUGACCACGUCGGCCUCGGAGCCGGAUUUGACGGAAUCAACUACACUCCCCACGGUCUGGAGGAUGUGGGCACUUAUCCGAGGUUGUUUUCGCUGCUGCUGGACCAGGGCGACUGGACUGAGGAACAGUUGGCCAAAUUGGCGGGAAAGAAUUUGUUGCGAGUGCUUAGGGAGGUUGAGAAAGUUCGGCAGAAGCAAAGGUUGUCUGGCGUUCGGCCUGGUGAGGAUUUUGUGCCACCCGAGGAACUUCAGGGUCACACGGAUUGCAUGUACCUGAGUGCACCUACUAGCUGAUACAACGGAAUUGCUAUUGUUCACAUUUUAGGCGUCGCAUCGCACAUAUCUCGAUUAAGAAAACACGUUAGCCUGCGUUGAGGAUUAUAUUAUUAUAAAUAUAUGACGAAAAAAGAUUUUACUAGGCAGUCCUUUAGAGGAACUUCAAAACCUAGGAGGUGCGAAGAAUCGCCGAAAAAAAAAUAGCAAAGAACAAUCUUUUCUAAUAUAAUCCUAAAAUUUCUUGAAGUUUUAGUGGAGGAAAUUGUAAAAAAAGGUGAGUUUGUUGGCGAGAAUUAUAUUACGGGACUUCCAGGAUCUGUAUUUCUCAAUUUCGGUGGAUUAUUAUUAACUGUUGCUGACGAAACUGUUCGAAUUUUGUUGAAAGAAAAAAAUAUCAGGUGGAGAAUUCGCAGACAUCUUCACGACAAUCGAACAGAGAAUUUUUAAGCCCUGGUCAUUGUUGAACUGUGUGGGGUUAUAAAAAAAAAACUGCAGCGACCAGUACUUCAAUGAAUAUACUAGAAAAAAAUGGACUUGCUUUUUUAUAUUAAAUCAAGUAAAAGAUCAUCUCUAAAUAAAUAAGAAAUCGAUCGUGCAUUAAACUGGGAGGGGUUGGUGAUUUUUAAAAUGUAUGUUAUAACCCAGAAGAAAUAGCUGUGAAUUUAAAAUAUAGCUUUAAAUAAAUAAAAAAAAUUACAGGGGGAGGGAUAAAAUUAUAAAUAAAAUAUAUAUUGCAAGGAGAAAAAAACACACAAACACCGCACACCCGCAGAACUUAAAACUGACGAUAAAAUUGAGAUCAAAGAUUUUGAUUUUCUAGUGUGACCACGUCGUAAUCGCUCAAACGGUAUUUCAUAAUGUUAAAAGGGUGUUUAUUGUUGUCUCUCGGUUUGCGAGACGGAGUGCGAUAAAUAUAUUCAAAGCAGCCAAUUACGAUAAAAAUGAAAAUAGUUUUACACGUGUAGCUGGUAAUGAGAGAUAAAUAAAGGGAAUGGACAAAGCAAAAAUCACGAAACUAAAUUGGAGUUGUGUACAUAAACUAAAUAAGUGGCGUGUGUCAUGUCAUUAUAUAAAUAAAAACGCAAAACUGUAUUGCCGUAGGCGUGGAUAAGAGAUUUUAACUAAAAGACUAAUUGUUAUAGAGAAUAGAGUUUAUACUUUGUAAUACAAGAGUUGCCGCAAUAAUAAACUGAUGAAAAUAAUUAUAUUCCGUAUUAACAAAUAAAUCACACUCGAACUUCCUCCUAUUUUGGCUAAAGCGCUGCCGCCGCGGGGCUCAUUCGUCUGCAGAAAAUUAAAACCAAUAAAAAAAUUAUAUAUAUUCGUGCUGGCCACUUUUAAACUGGCCCGGGCCAGGAACGUUUCAAGAGCUGCUGGAGAGAAAAAAAAAUCGUCCUCGCCACGAUAUUUAUAUAACUGGUGGGUCAGUGCACUUACUUAAUUGAUACAAAAGUUUAAAAAAAAAGCAAACCUAACAUGUACUUUUUGUCCGUCAGCUAAGCGCCUGUGAAUAUUUUACAUUCACUAUUUGUUUGGGUCAUUUCCUGAGGAAAUAUGUGGAAAGAAAUAAAAUGAAGUCCCUAUGUAAUCUUUAGCAAAUAACAGAGAGGAAUCUAAUACUACUGCAAGAUUACAUAUUGUAAAUUUGAGAAGCGUAUAAAAACUAUAUUAUAUAUAUGAAGCAAGUGAAAAGAGAGAAAAUCAUUCCUAUACUGUUGACAUUUGUUAGUUCAUUAGCGUCUAAUCAUAAGUUAGAGGCUCAAUAAAUGAUUGAUCAAAGAGAUGUAUUAUUAUUAUUACCGAAAGUCUUGGGUGCUUCUUGAAAUAGUGACAAAACGUUUUUUGUAGUUCCGCUAGCAGGGAAAUGAGCAUUUUUAUUUUGCAGAAACUGGUGUGUAAUCGCAGAAGAAGUGUGUUGCGUGUUAGCGGAGUGAUUUUUGUAAAGGAACUAGACGUAAAAAAAAUCCAUUGUUUGUAACCGACAUGUAACUUUUCCUUUUUUAAUAAAAAACAAACGCCAGAA